GGUCUUAAUAAAUUUAUUGUCAACUAGGGUUAAAAAAGACAAAUAAAAAUUUAAGGAAAAAGACGUCGAAAAAGGUAACAUCGGAAAAGAAAAUUGCCGUCGUCGAGGCCGUCGUCGGAGGCGUUCCUUGAUCGUUGAUCCCCGUGAAGCGUCUUCGUUUAUCAAAAUUGAGAGGAUGGAUAAUUCAACGGCGGAGAAAGGGAGCCCGGGGCAAGAGCAGCAGGCUGCCGGAGUGGGGAUUCUUCUUCAGAUUAUGAUGCUUGUUCUUUCUUUCGUCGUUGGCCAUGUUCUUCGCCGCCACAAAUUCUACUACCUUCCCGAGGCCAGCGCUUCUUUGCUUAUUGGUUUGAUUGUUGGUGGACUUGCUAACAUCUCCGACACUGAAAGAAGCAUCAGGGCGUGGUUCAAUUUCCACGAGGAGUUCUUCUUCCUGUUUCUGCUACCUCCAAUCAUCUUUCAGUCAGGGUUUAGCCUAUCACCUAAACCCUUCUUCUCUAACUUUGGAGCCAUUGUCACAUUUGCUAUUUUUGGAACUUUUAUAGCUUCAGUUGUUACUGGAGUUUUAGUGUAUCUUGGUGGUCUUAUGUACCUCAUGUACAAACUCCCUUUUGUUGAAUGCCUAAUGUUUGGUGCUCUUAUAUCAGCGACCGACCCUGUUACUGUUCUUUCCAUAUUUCAGGAGCUUGGCACUGAUAUGAACCUCUAUGCUUUGGUCUUUGGGGAAUCCGUCUUAAAUGAUGCUAUGGCAAUAUCUUUGUACAGAACAAUGUCCGUUGUAAGAAGUAAUGACCCGUCUGGGCAGAACUUCUUUAUGGUGAUUGUCAGGUUUCUUGAGACCUUUGUUGGUUCUAUGUCUGCAGGGGUUGGAGUUGGAUUUACUUCUGCUCUACUCUUUAAGUAUGCUGGACUAGAUAUUGACAAUCUUCAAAACUUGGAGUGCUGUCUUUUUGUCCUUUUUCCUUACUUUUCGUACAUGCUUGCGGAAGGUCUUGGUCUCUCUGGUAUUGUCUCAAUAUUGUUCACAGGAAUUGUGAUGAAGCACUACACAUUCUCAAAUUUAUCAGAAAAUUCUCAGCAUUUUGUAUCCGACUUUUUUCACUUAAUAUCAUCAUUGGCUGAGACAUUCAUAUUUAUAUACAUGGGUUUUGAUAUUGCCAUGGAAAAGCACAGCUGGUCGCAUGUGGGAUUUAUCUUUUUCUCAAUUUUAUUUAUUGCAAUUGCCAGGGCUGUUAAUGUCUUUUCUUGUGCGUAUCUGAUCAAUUUGGUUCGUCCUGCACAUCGGCAAAUACCUUCGAAGCACCAAAAAGCACUUUGCUACAGUGGACUUCGAGGGGCAAUGGCUUUUGCCCUUGCCCUGCAAUCUGUUCAUGAUCUUCAAGAAGGGCACGGGCAGAUUAUAUUCACUGCAACAACUGCCAUAGUUGUUUUGACGGUGUUGUUAAUUGGAGGUUCAACAGGUACGAUGCUAGAAGCUCUGCAAGUUGUGGGGGAUGGCCAUGAUGCCCACUUGGGAGAAGGCUUUGAGGGUAAUAAUGGAUAUGUUCCUACAUCUCACGAGGAAGAUGAAACAACAGGGAAUAAGUUAAGGAUGAAACUGAAAGAGUUCCACAGAAGUGCGGCAUCAUUCUCUGAAAUAGAUAGGAACUACCUCACCCCAUUCUUCACGAGCCAGAAUGGAGAUUCUGAAGAUGAGGAGGAUGAUCCAAUGCCUAGUUCUAGAAGGGGAGUAUACCACGGACAUAGCUGAUACUACAAGACAAGCGGAUGACAACACAUCUGCUGGUACACGGAACUAACUUUAUAAAUAUUUUACGAUGCACUGCAUGUCCAGUUGGAGGGAAUUGCAGUAGUGUACAUAAUUAAAGACCACCUCAUUUCUCUCGUCCUGCAUUCUAGGGUACUCUUGCUAUGAAGAUGACAUCUAUGGCAUGCGUUGUGUGUAUAGUUGGCAUUGUUUUUCGUGAUGUCGACAAAGGAUUAGGAUUAUAUGAACAUGGUGUAAUUGUUUCGCCAAGAAAAUUAGGCUGUUGGAGUUAUGUAGGAGAUAAUGCAUGUUUAAUGUGUUCUAGUGAUAUAUACUUUUCUUUUUUCAUAUUUAACAGUGAUUCUUGUGUUGAUGAAAAAAUGAAAUUACAGGAGAAUACUUUGAUUGCAUUAAUGGUGACUGUAACCGACUCGGUCUACGAGAUCUGGUAGGAAAUAUUUUUCUUAGAUGUAGAAACAAGCUGCUUCUUGUAGUUAUCAAUAAUUUUAACAUCGUAGGCAUUCAUAACA